AUGAGUUCACACACCCAGGAAGAACAGGUAAGCAUCACUGAAGCAGACCAACACACCACAACCAAAAUCCUGAGCAAGGCUAACAAAUCAUUCAAGCAGGAGAACCGAUGCUCAGGCUGCGGAGUCCAUGGCGAACACCGAGUCAACCCCAAACCACCAAAAUGCCCAACACUCCGAAAUAUCCAAGGGGUAGUAGACCUCGUUUCCGAGAUCCUCGAGAAAAACGAAGCGCUACGCCAGUGGGAGAGAAAACAUCACACCUUGACCGAAAAGUGCCAGCAUCUGGAAACCGACCUAAAAGAUCAUCAGGAGAAAUCAGCAACCGACCUGAAAGAUCUACAGAGAAAAUCAGCCAAGGAAGUCGAUGACCUCCAAUAUAAACAUGAAAUGGAGCUGCUUGAUUUUCGGUACAAGGCAGCCAGGGAGUUCAAUGAUUUUAAAGAGAAGGCCGCCAAGGAGCGCAGUGAUCUUGAAGUUAAGUAUGACAUGGCACUGGUCAAUUCUCAGGCCCAGGCUGCCAAGGCUGCCAAGGUUUUCAGCGAUCUUAAAGAGAAGACCGCCAAGGACCUCAGUGAUCUUCAACUCAAGUAUGAUAUGGCGCUGGAUGAGCUUGAGUCGCGCAAGAGGAGGACACGGCGACAGAAUACUGAGGUUCAUAAGUACCGGCUGAUGCUUUUAGAUAUGAAAAAGAGCUCAGAGCUGAAGGCUGUACAGGGAUCGCGAAAGGAGAGAACAAACGAUGCGUGA